AUGGAAUGGCAGAGUCCAGAUAAGGAAGGACACCGUAGGGCAGAGUUGGGACUCGAAGCCGCAGGAAAUGCACGUUCUGCUGGAGGCACUAGGGCCACAGGCGUCGCGCCUCGCCGCGCUGGUUCGCAACGACGGCGCGGCGCAACUCCGCGUGACGUGGCGGCCGUCACCGACAGUGGCAGGGUCCCGGAACCGAGUAAAAACAGCUUCGAAGAACCAAUUUUUUGCAGGCAGGGGAAUAGCGUAGAGGAGGGGGACCUUGUUUCAAGCAUUAUCGGAACAGAGCAAGGCGAGCAGCCGCAAAUGUGGGCACCCGAACUGUCAUCUGACGCAACAGAGCAGAAUUCGUCAAACGACGAAGAUGUGGAAGAAGGUACAAAGAGCGACGGUUCAGGGGGCGCAAACAGCGGUCAGUUAGACUCCACUAGAGCGCCACAUUCCUCAGCGCUGUGUGCCCGAAGUCCCGUGCCUCGCUCGUCUGUAAGCGUUGCCCCGUUCCGCGCCACUUCCGGCUCCCAGGAUUCGCUUUCGUCGUGCCAAAUUACAGUGGAAGGGAAACCUCUGGUAAAACCUCGGGUGCAGCCUCGGCAGAAGGUAAGACCUUCGCACAGGCUGGAGAAUGAGACGGACCUGGAGGAGAAGGAAACAACGCGGCAGGUUGGGAACCGUGGAAACAGUCUUUUUGGAGGGUUUCUCAGGAGCCUGAGCCGCAAGUACGCAGAGGCAAUUCAUCUCUUAGAUGGCUUGGACGACGACUCAAAUUCGAAUACCAGCUUGAGCAGGCAUGCCUCCGCCACCAACUCCCGAGGUCCACUAGCCGAAUUGUCGAGCCGCGCGUCGUCCGCUCGCAACCAAGCGCCGGGUGCGGCACCAGAGAUCGGACGCUCUCGCCCUCGCCCCUGGCGACGAGCCCCGGGCGAGGGUCGCCAGAGCCCCACGGGAGACUCGGAGAGAGCAAGUAAAAACAAGAAGUCGGGUGUCUUUCCGACAACUCUUCGUUCGCUGUUUUCAUUCUCGUCGUCAUCUUGGAAAAAGCCACCUCCAGGUGAGCGAGGAGAGGCGAAUGUAGAAAGGCCGCCUCCAUCCACGUCAUCGCCUGAAUUGGUUUCCGGUGGCAGCGAGUCGUCAGGUGUACUGAGACGCCACGCGAACCGCGGGGCUCGCACGGCACAACGCCGAUCGUUUUUAGGGUCAGUUGCAGCUGCUGCGAGUGGCGCUUUUGCCGAGGCAGGUGCGGUCGCCGCAGCCGCCGCUGCUGCUGUGGCAGCUGUGGGCGAGAGCAGCACCGAUGACAGUAGUGACUCGAGUGUGGUAGGUGCGGGACAGCACGGAAGAGAACAGGAACAGGAAAAAUCAACGAGAAAAAAGGAGGGGGAUUUGGAGAACCGGGUGUCGAGGAAGAGACUUAUGUGGAAGGCCGCGCAUCGCAUCCGCGAGGUCGACAGCCGUCUCAGCAGGCUGCACUUCGAUAUAGUCCCUCGCAGGCUAAAAGAAGAGGAUUUCUGGAAGUUGUAUUUCUACCAAGUGAGCCUGGUGAUGGCUCGGUACGAGCGCCAGGCGCAUCCACUUCUGCGAUCUCUAGCAACUUCCGUUGUUCUUGCUUCGCGAGAAGAAAGGGACGAGGCUCAGCAGCAGCAGCCGAAUGUGCCAGAUGCCCGCGAAUGUGUCUCCAGCUCUACGGAGUCAGACACGAGCUCUGUUUCUUCUUCGCCUCACUGGGGAGUAAGUAGUCCGCCGGCAUCCGCUCGACUCUUCAUUCCUCCCACCGGAAUACAGUUAACAGGAGACAGCGACCCAGAGGGCCGAAAUGGCGAUUCUUUGCCAGCCUCUCAUAGGGGAGAACCUGUGGGACAAGCUCCGCCCGAAGGCAUUGGGGCUUUAGCAUACGCAAUGUUUUCGUCGUCUCGGUGUCCUUCUCUCGCUUCAUCAUCUCCCGGGCAUAGUGGGCGGCCAGGUGGACUGACAUCCUCGUCUGGUACGACGUCAGUCUCUGCACCUGGUACUGCUUCAUCUGUCUCGCCUGAGACAGGCAUAUCUCCAUCGGUAUUUCCAAGCGACUGGAAAAGACCUGUUGCUGGAAGCGAAAUGCACGCUGUUGGCUUGGACAUGCCAUUAGCACGAGGCCCAACAUCAGCAGUAUCGUUGCCGUCUCCCGCGAACGCUGGCUCUCCGGAAUCAGCACAGCAGAGUUGCCUUUGUUUCACCGAUCCAUCCACGAGGCCAAGCCUUUCGGCUUCCCCCUCAAACAGUCGUUCGUGGAAGGGAACCAUAUACAAGAACGAUGAGUGUUUGUCAUCGACAGCGAACGGGGGGCGGCCGACGAAUUGUGCCGACGAAGACGAAGACGCACGACGGCGCUCUCCUUGGGGCAUUCAGAAGGAGACAAGGCCAGCUCAGGAAGUUGCAAGUGAUUCCGUCCAGCGCAUCGGGGUGUUCUCAAAAAGUCCUCUUCCAGCCAGCACCAAAGAGUCGCGGGAGAAAGAGGGAGUCUGUGGAGAACGCUAUCAGUGUGGAUUUGCUUGUAACGGAGAGGAAGUUCAGGAGGCACGCGCGUAG